UCGGUCUUAGUUUUGUGUUGUUUUACAUCGGGUUCAGCGGGUCUGCGGUCCUCGUGUGAUCAGCUGGAGAGGAGAAGAACAUCUUUACAGGGAGAGGAGAGCCGAUAAUCAGUCAUGUCCUCCUACACCUGCAUCAGCUGCCGUGUGCAGUUCACGGACGGCGAGGUGCAGCGGGCGCACUACAAGACGGACUGGCACCGCUACAACCUGAAGCGCAAAGUGGCCGACAUGCCUCCGGUCACGGCCGAGAACUUCCAGGAGCGCGUCCUGGCUCAGCGAGCGGCGGCCGAGCAGCAGCAGAACCAGACCGGCCACGGCCUCAGCGCCUGCUCCACCUGCAACAAGAAGUUCUCCAGCGCCAACGCCUACAACAACCACCUGCAGUCACACAAACACCUGCAGGCCGAGAAGAAGGCCCUGGCCGCCGCUCAGGAGACGGUCCAGCGGAUGAACGAGAAGAACCUGGAGAAGGGGACGGAGCUCGACAAGGACGCUCAGAACGAGGCUCUUCAGAAAGCGCUGAGGGAGCAGCAGAGACACACCCCCUCCAAAGCCACGCCCACAGAGGGACACGACAGGCAGCGGCCGGACAAAGCGCCCCGGCUGCAGUGGUACGAGCAGCAGGCCAAGAAGAUCGCGGCAGAGGAGGGAGAGGAGGAGGACGAAGAGUGGGAGGAUGUUGACAAUGACGAUGACGAUGAUGAUGACUAUGAUGAGAUGGAGGAUGACGACGAAGACGAGCAGAUGGAGGAGGAGGACGGUCCGGCUGCGUCGGCGUCCUCUCCCGGGGCCGUUCCUGUAACGGACUGUCUGUUCUGCUCUCACCACUCCCGCUCGCUGAGCAAGAACAUGACCCACAUGACCAAAACUCACAGCUUCUUCGUCCCUGACAUAGAGUACCUGGUGGACCUGAGGGGCCUCAUCAGAUAUCUGGGAGAGAAGGUCGGUUUUGGGAAAGUGUGUUUAUGGUGUAAUGAAAAAGGCAAAUCGUUCUACUCCACCGAGGCGGUGCAGGCGCACAUGAACGACAAGAGCCACUGCAAACUCUACACCGACGGAGAUGCAGCGCUGGAGUUCGCCGAUUUCUACGACUUCAGGAGCAGCUACCCGGAUGCUAAAGAGGGAGACGACGUUGAGAUGAAGGACGGAGAGCUGCCUGAAGGGAAGACGGUGGAGUUUGAUGAUGAAACACUAGAGCUCACGCUGCCGUCAGGGGCUAAGAUUGGCCAUCGUUCAUUGAUGCGCUACUAUAAGCAGCGUUUCGGGACGCAGAGGGCAGUGGUUGUGGCCCACAACCAGCGGGCAGUGGGACGAGUCCUGAAACAGUACCGGGCCCUGGGCUGGGGAGGAGAGUCUGGUAAAGGCUUUGUGAGCCAGCAGCAGAAGGACAUGCAGUACGUGCAGAGGAUGAAGUCCAAGUGGAUGUUGAAGAUGAGCGUGAACAACAACGUCACCAAGCAGGCUCACUUCAGAGCCCAAGUCAUGUUCUAAACACCUCCCUAAAGAACCCCACCGGAGUGAAACCGGUAUAACCCACAGCGUUUGGGCUCAUCUGCUCCAGUUCUGUUGAAGGACCUUCUGAAGUUCUACAUCGGGGCAAACUCUGAUGACACUGCGAGGUGGAAAUGCUGCUGCUGAAGAUAUAAUGAGGACUUUGGGAUUGAAAUGGCUUUGAUAAAUGGAGAAUGAACCAUUGAUAAUGUAAAUCCUUGCCCUUUACUUUAUGAUGUUCAUAAAGUACAGCAUUUAUAAAGUUACAGAACAGCUUGUUGUCCAGCUGUUCCCAGACUAGAUUGUAUGAACAGUAAACUGAUUCUGAUUAAAAGCUGGAUCGAGGAUUUUUCUGCAUUUCUGCAUAUUUAAAUGUUUAAGAUGUAAACAGAGUCGUCCAGAGUGGUUUGGUGUGAAAUGCUCCAUUCUAGAGAAACUUAGAGUCAGAACCGUUCACAGUGGUGGUGAUAGGAACCAGACGUCUGAAGAGUUUAAUGCCUAAAAGCUCCCUCACAGGAGGUUAUUACAUGAAAUGAUUACAUAUAAGUGCUGCCUGAUGUCUGAGAUUUUGUUUACAGUAGUUUUGAGAGGAUUUUGGCCUAAAACACAUUUUUGAAAGCCACACAUGAUGGAGGAAUACGGCUUCUAUUUGUAUUUUUGCGGAUUAAAUGCUAUUUCACCACCAUAAUGAUCACAUAUGAAACCUCAGAAUACGCCUGUAGGUUCGCUGGUGGGUUCGGAGCGUAAAUAAAAUGUAUAUUUGUGUUGUAGACAUGGUGACCCCUGGUUCCAUUCACCACCAUUGUAAGGAAAUUAGAGUCUCUACAAUGAGGCGUUUCACAUCAAACCACUCUAAAUUCCCCUUUAACACAGUUGACUGAUUGAAACCCAGCUUGAUUUGGGAGUUUUCAGACGUACCACUUUUCUAAUGAAGUUAUAAGAGCUUUAGUGAUUAAAGCACUAGCUUUCAUCUUUAUCUAAUAAAACAGAAUUGUGAUCAGAU